AAAAACUAAAUACUAGUAGCAUUUUGGACCAAACUAUUGAUGGCAUUUUGUGACUUUCCUUUGUUUGAAACCAUUGCCUUUUAAUAAUAAUCACAUCUUAAAAUUGAUUUCUCCUUUGAAAAUUCUACGUGUAGAGACACAAGUGGAUACUGGCACAGUUUCUCAGUGCUUAUCAGAUGGUGAUUGAUUAUCAAUCAUCAAUUCAUCAUGCAUCACCCCCCAAUCAUAUAUCUUCACAAAAAUAAAAACUCAAGAAAAAUAAAAAGAAAAGAAAAAUCAAAUUUGAAAAGCUACUCUAAUUCCACGAAACUUCUCUACUUAAAAUCAAUAAUUUCGUUUUUUUGCAUUUGAUUCAUGUGUACAAGUACAACCUUUUUACAUAAGCACAAAAACAAACACACUAUUGCCAAAGUUCUUCCAAAAACUACCAAUAACACAACCAAUCUGUUCACAUAGAAAACUUAAACAAAACCAAACCAAACCAAACAAUUAACAACAACACUGUUUGUUCAAUCUCAUUAUCACUACCACCACCACCUCCAUAUUCCAAACUGCAUUAAUAACACCUCCGGUGAGCUUUGAAAGUGAAAGCUGUGGCAGUUGGGUUGGGGCAUAACACUACCACACUCUUCUCCCUAAUUAAUGCACUACCUCAAUCCCACCAAUUCUCUUCAUACCCAUUUAAUGUUUUGCCACAGAAUUUUCAAUACCAAAACAACACCCCUUUCUUGUCACAGCUACAUUCUAUCUAUUCCAUCCUUACAUUAGAUACACUUACCUAAAACCUUAAUGGUUGUGUUUCGUUGAAGUCUUGCUCAUAAACAAAAAAAACAUAAACAACAGAGACACAAGACAUUCUUUUAGUUUACAACGUUAAUGGUUCCUUCUUAUAGACUUAGUCAGAGUUCACAAGAGACAAACAGAGCAACAAAAACAAGUGAUGUGAAUUUUAACAACCUGUCAUCAUUAAAGAUGAAACUGAGAUAAAGGUGAAGUGAAGUUUGUGAGAAUUGGAAAUGAAAAUGAAGAGUGGAAUAACUGUGUGUGUUGUUAUGAUGGUGUUGUUUUUGUUAGUUGAGUUGACAAUGAGUUUGAGUUUAAGAGCUGAAUGGUCGGCGUUAUUGGAGCUUCGUUCGUCGUUGGGGAUAAGGGGGAAAAUUUGGCAUAAAAAAGUCGAUCCGUGUGGGAACUGGACAGGUGUUAAAUGCAGGAAUGAUCGAGUUGUUGGUAUCAACGUGUCCGGGUUGAAGAGAACCCGGUUGGGUAGUCUUAACCCGAGUUUUGAAGUGGAUUCUCUUCAAAAUUUCACUCUAUUGGAGUCUUUCAAUGCUUCUGGGUUCAUGCUUAAUGGGUCUAUUCCUGACUGGUUUGGUGAGAAACUUGGUGCACUGCAGGUGCUGGAUUUAAGUUCUUGUUCAAUAUCUAGUGUGAUUCCUGAUUCACUUGGGGGUAUGAAAAGUUUGAAGAUUUUGUUUCUUUCAGGGAAUAAUCUUACUAGUAGAGUGCCUUCAAGUUUGGGGUUGUUAUCUAAUCUCUCUAUUCUUGAUCUCUCUGGAAAUAUGUUUUCAGGAUCAGUACCUGACAAUUUCUCUAAUCUUGGUAACCUUACAAGGCUUGAUCUUUCUAAUAAUUACUUAUCUGGGUCUAUUCCACCUGAACUGGGUAGCCUUUCAAAGCUUCAAAAUUUGAACCUUUCUAAUAAUGCUUUCACUGGUUCUGUUCCCUCUCAGUUAGGUAAUCUUUCAAAGUUGGCUGAGCUUGAUCUGCGUACGAAUUCUUUUUCUGGGUUUUUACCUGAUAGUUUGUGGUCAAUGCCUAGUUUGCACUUUUUUGAUGUAUCAGGCAACAGUCUCACUGGUCCACUGCCAAAAUUGUCUGGUUUAAGUGUUAGCUCAAAUGGUGGCAUAUUCAAUCUAUCAAACAAUUUGUUUUACGGAUCUGUAAAUGGUUCUACGAGCAAGAUUCAAACAAUUGAUUUAUCUGGUAAUUAUUUGGAUGGUGUUGUGCAAGGUGGCGGCGGCGGUCUCAGUGAUGUUACUCUAUCGAGAAAUUGCCUACAGAAGAUUCCAAACCAGAGGAGUUUGGAAGAUUGUAGAAUGUUUUAUCUCCAGAGAAAUUUAACCUUUGCUAAUGGUGACCAUGAGUCCAAGAAAAACAAUAAAAGAGUGAUAUUCAUACUGGCAGGUAUUUUUGGUGGGUUUGGCUUUAUUGUGCUACUGGUAUUGGUCCUAAUAUUGGUUCUGAAACAAUGUCAUAAAAGUAAAAAUUUGGAAACUGAAAGAGGGACCACAAAUGGGGGGCCUGUUACAGAAGGGGAAAGUCCUACACCUAAGGAUCCUGUUUUUGUAACUGCUGUGGGUGAAUCAUUUACUUUUGAGCAAAUACUCCAUUUUACCGGGAAUUUUGAUGAAGCAAACUUAAUCAAGCAAGGUCAUUCUGGAGACUUUUUCUGGGGAGUUUUGGAAAAUGGAGCAACUGUGGUUAUCAAAAGGGUAGAUUUAAGUUUAUUCAAGAAAGAAUCUUACAUUGUAGAAUUGGAAUUAUUAAGCAAGGUUUCACAUGCAAGAUUGGUCCCAAUUUUGGGACAAUGCAUGGACAAUGAGAAGAAUAAAUGUAUAGUUUACAAGUAUAUGAUAAAUGGAGAUUUGGCUACUUCCUUACACAGAGUCAAUGGUUCAGAUGGUAAAUUGCAGUCCAUGGAUUGGAUCACAAGAUUGAAAAUUGCAGCAGGAGCUGCUGAAGGACUAGCUUACCUACAUGAUUGCAGCCCUCCUCUUGUUCACAGAGAUAUCCGAGCUAGUAGUAUACUUCUUGAUGAUAAAUUUGAAGUGCGACUUGGAAGUUUGAGUGAGGUUACAACACAAGGAGAUUUUCAUCAGAAUGUCGUGUCAAGAGUUUUCAGCAAGCCACUAUCUUCUAAUCAAGGCAAUCCCGGUAAAUCAUCUGUGACAUGUGCCUAUGAUGUCUACUGUUUUGGAAAGAUUUUAAUCGAGCUUGUUACCGGUAAUAUUGACAUCAGCAAAUCAGAUGAUGCCACCACAAAGGAUUGGUUAGAACAAACCUUGAAUUACAUCACCAUAUACGAUAAAGAACGGUUGGGUAAGAUUGUUGACCCGUCUUUGAUAGUUGAUGAGGACCUAUUGGAAGAGGUAUGGGCUAUGGCAAUCGUGGCUAAGUCAUGUCUGAAUCCUAAACCUUCAAAACGUCCUCCAAUGAAACAUGUCCUCAAAGCACUUGAAAAUCCAUUGAAGAUUGUCAGAGAAGAAAGUUUUAGCUCAGCAAAAUUGAGAACAACUUCAUCUAAUAGAUCUUGGAGCACUGCAUUCUUUGGUAGCUGGAGACACAGUUCAUCAGAUAGUGGUGCUACAAUAAGGGAGGGUACUAGUAGUGGCAAUAAACAAACAGGAAGAUCAGGUUCUCAUGGUAGCGGUGGUAAUGAUCACUCAUCUUCCAAUAAAAGGUCAUCCAAUGAAGUUUUCCCUGAACCAUUGGGGAUGCAAGACAUGGAGAACGGAGAAGCAAGAUGAAACACUUAGGAAUGUACUUUGUUAUUCUUUUACUGGUGAGGUUUUAGCUCUUUUUCGGGUAAUUACUCGCGCCUUAGCAAGCAAUUGUUAUUGGAAUGUCAAACCCAUUACCUAGCUAGAAUCCAUUAUAGUCCAUCACCACCAUGUUGAAGCAAUUAAAAACCAAGCGGCUUCAUUUAAUGGUUGUUUUUGCUUUCUAAAGCUGAUUGAGCAGUAAGCCGUGAGAUUCUGGUACCUAAAACAGCUCUGGUAAAAUUGAUUUUUUUUUUACUCAUUCACCCUAGUUUUGCUUAAAGCACACACCUCUUCUUGUAUGUCGAUGAAUGUGCGACAAAUUGUAAAAAAUAAUAAGAGGGUUUUCAUUUUGUGAGGAAUUGGAAAGUGAUGAGAACUGAAUUUCAAAUGUAAUUGUAUUUAUAGGUAGGUAAUACGUACUAUCUAAGUAGAAUUGGAAGUCUUGGGAUUUGAGGCAGCGUGGUAAGAGCCUUGAGAAAGAAGCACAGAUGGUUAUUUGUUUGUUCUAUAUUGGUUAGGAAGUUAGUCAUGUAUCAUUACAGGUUCUCUAUCGAAGGUCAUUAUGUGUUGUGCAAGCACGACUUUUACUAUUCUAUCAAUUUCACUUUUCCAUA